UUUUUAACAUGGCCGCAUGUUGAACAAAACGAUUUUCUUUACUGUUUGCCAAAUAUAAUAACAUUUGCGUUUAUUGUGACCGGAUUUAUGUCGAUCGUAAAGCCGAAAAAUUGAAUAAUUUGUAAAACAAAUUUACGGCUGCGAUCGCGACGAUGAUGCAUCACCCGAACAUGCAUCAUCAGCCGAUGUCAGGGCAUCCGUCGCAGCACCUGCCUAGCCACCAGGGCAUGCCUGCGCAUCACCAGUUGCCGCCGCAUCAGAUGCACAGAGAGAACAGGCACGUAACACUUACUAGAGUUCCGUUGGGCCCAUCGCAACCCGGCGGUGGCAUGGGCGGGCACGGACAGAUGGGCACGAUGGGCGGGAUGCCCGUCCCGCCGCACCAUGCACCUUCGCAGCGACCUCCCCACACAAUGAGAGCCAUGCACCACCCGCCAACGCAACACCACAACGUACCACCACAACAGACUCGUCUCCGUCGCCCCUACACCGUGGGUGGAGGAUACGGCCCCGGCGGAGGACCCGGCGUCAUGCCGCCGCCAUAUGCGCAGGCACCACCUCUACCACCUCCCACUACACAGCAGAGUCAUAAUGGUCUGUGCAAGCCAAAAUCGCCGAUAUUGUCUACAAAAACAAAACUAGCUUCUGACUUUGCAACUCCGGCUACUCCGAGUUCAAACGCGGGGCCCAACAGCACGAGCGACACGAAGGAGGACAACAGUACAGCCAACACGGUCGGCGCGGGUACCGUGACGACCGUGGGUGGCGUCAUCAGCACAGGUGGCGUGGAAGCGGAGAGUCCAGACGCACAAGCGGCAGAGGGCGAGGGCGAGGCGGCCCGCACGUCUGCCGCGCCGGCCAACAGUAAAGAGAAGACACCCAUGUGCCUGGUCAACGAACUGGCCAGGUACAAUAAGAUUAAGCAUCAAUAUCGCCUCACAUCAGAAACUGGACCCGCUCACAAAAAAGUAUUCACAGUAACACUCCGACUGGGUGAUACUGAAGAAUAUACAGCUGAGGGGUCGUCUAUCAAACGCGCACAGCACGCGGCAGCACGAGCAGCGCUGAGUGGUACGCGCUUCCCGCCGCCGCCGCCGCGCGCGCCGCCCGUCGCGCACCACGCACACCAGGCGCACCACCACCGACACGCGGGUGCGGUAAUGCCGACUGUAGAGUUGAACGCGCUAGCUAUGAAGUUGUGCCAACCCGCGGUGUACACCUCGGUGCCGGCUGUACCCCGGCCGCGACCGCGCCUUCCAUAUCGUCUUCCGGCACCCUUCGUGCCACCCUACCAUCCGCACGCAACACAUGUGCCGCGCCUCAUGGAACCGACUUCGCUUCUCUACAGGGUUCGAGUGUGCGUGGGCGGACGGUCGUGGGUGGGCGAGGGCGCUACGCCGCAAAGCGCGCGCCACGAUGCGGCGGCGCGCGCGCUUCACGAGCUGCGUCCGCUCUCGCAUUCAGAUGAUAACGGUGAUGCCGGUUCGGACUUAAUUAAUUCAGAAGUGAAGUCUCCAGUAUCUUUGGUACAUGAGUUAGCGUUAAAGAGGAAUCUCUCAGUUCAGUUUACCGUUAAAUCUGAACGUGGACCUCCACAUAUGAGGGUAUUUGUUACGGCGUGCACGGUGGGUGAGAUGGAGACGGAGGGCGAGGGCAACGGCAAGAAGGUGUCCAAGCGACGUGCGGCCGAACGCAUGCUGGAGGAGAUGCGUCGGCGCUGGCCGCCCGCGCUGCUGCGAGCGCGUCCGCCCGCCGACCGCCGCAGGCAUGCGCCUACUAAGAAGAAGCCCAGAAACCUCAUCAAGGAGGGAGGAUCGAGCACGGUGUCGGCCGCGGGGCCGGACGGCGGGGGCGGCGCGUGCGCGGCGACGGCGGCGGCGAGCGCGGGCAGCACGACGCCCGGCGCGGGCGGCGGCGCGGGCGGCGGCGCGGGCGGCGGCGCGGACAACCCCAUCUCCCGCCUGGCGGUGGUGCGCCACGCGGCGCGCGCUCGCUCGCCGCAGUACCGCGUGCUCGAGGAGCGCGGCGCGGCGCGGCGCCGGGAGUUCCUCGUGCAGUGCGACGCGCCGCCGCACUGCGCCACGGGCCUCGGGCCCAACAAGAAGACCGCCAAGCGCCGCGCCGCGCAUAAUGUGCUUCUAGCGAUGGAGUUGAGUGCCAGCACGGGUGAACCGACAGCAGCAAACACAAGCGCAACAGAAUCGAGUACCAACGGCUCCGGAGAGACAAAUAAAUCAAAUAACGCCGAUGUAAAACGAAAGGACAGCGAGACUAAUGCAGCCAGUGCAAACAGCGAUGUACGUCAACCAGUUCCCGGAGUUCUAAUGAUGGAUUAUCACCAACGAUCUGGUCAACCCUCACAGCCAAAUGGUGUGAGCGAGACGAGCACAACGGGCGGUUCGAGUGCGACGGCAAGCACGCCGGGAGCGAAGGACCAACUUAUGUAUCUGUCACAACUCCUCGGAUUUACCGUGCAGUUCUCUGACUUCCCCAAGCGUAAUCACGGCGAAUACCUGUCUCUGGUGUCGCUGUCGACGGAGCCGCCCGUCAUGUGCCACGGCGGCGGCGCGUCCACCGCGCACUCGCACGAACAGUGCGCACGCGCCGCACUGCGGGCGCUCGCGCACAUGGGCCUCGACGCCCCCACCACCGGCAUGCAGAGCCUCCCGCCCGCCGGCGCCGCUAAACCGAGCGUCAUCAGUAAUGGCAUCGAGUAAAUCGAUGCUCGUCUCGUGUUUUCUUUAGACUAAUUGGAUUUCUAUUUUUCAUGCAAUAUAUAGAAACGUGUGAAUAUUUCACGGCGCGAAAUAAACAGUUCGGGACGUCUUCUUUUCUGACAACAUACUUUAUUUCAUCAGCUAUGACAUAUUCACGACGACGUUCCUUUGAUCUCGGGUCUUGCAAGAAUUCUUAGUUUCUUUAUUAUUCUGAAAAGUUUUCCUAUUAUUUUAGAAAUACAAAUGUUUAUAUUUUUGUUAUACUUGCAAAUUGCUUUGUAUUUUUAGUUAAAACUCAAACUGUCCUUAUUAGAAAAAACUACUUGUGAACUUUAUUGUAUAGCUGUAUGUAUUUAUAUGAAGUUAAUAUUUGAAACGAUCACUGCAAAGUUCUUAUUAUCGCAGUUGAUAAAUAAGUCGAUGUAGAUUUAAUUAAGAUAUUUAUAACUUUUGAAUGUAGUUAAAACGUUUAAUAUAUAGCAUUCGAGACGGAAGUAUCAAAUAGUAACGAAUAUUAAGCGAAACUGAGGCUGUGAAGCCAAACCAAAACGGUUUCUUUGGGAUUCGGCAGAAUUAAAUUGCGACUACCGGCGCCGUAAAAUAUGUCAAAGAUUGACCACUCCUUAAUAAAAACAAAUAUUAAUUACAAACGCUGGACUCGGCGAGUCUGUGCGCCGGUGGUCGCCUGCAGUCCCGACGAAGUAAAGUUGCAUCAUGCGGCCAUGGUGACACUUAGGAUUAGGUUACCGUUAGUAAUCGCCGCAACCCUCGCGAGCCGCUCGUCUCGUUUCGCUAUAGUCUUGUUGUCGGGGGCUGCGGUGAUUGACACAACGUAUGGCCUCGAUUUUUAACUAUACUAAGUGUAGAUUUAUUCAUUUCCCGACCCGAAGCUUUGAAAUGUGUAAUUUUAGAUGUAAGAUAAGCCGCGACUCGAAAAUAUACGGAAGUAGAAGUAGAACUCCUAAUCGACUAAGGGUAAGGUUGCUUGUAAUCUUUAGUGACUUUUUACUUCGUGUAACCUUAACUAACUAGGACUAAUGUUAUGACUAAGAUUGUAAAUGAUCAUGAACGAAAAUACAAUUGUUCGGAGGCUGAUAUUGGUUUAUUUGUUUUAUUAAUUGUGCUGCACGACGCCCGCCGAUCAAUUGUAUAAAUGUAUACAAAUUAUUGUACAUUUCAUUGUAAUGGGUCUAAAGUAUAAAUUUUAUUAUUAAUUACAUAAUUAUAAUUGUGUCGUUAAUUUUUGAACUUUUAAAGUCGGUGCGUUUGCCCUAACUCUUAAGUAAUUUUUUUAUUGCAUCUGAUCCAUUGAAUCUAAACGUAGGCAAUACACACGUAUAUAUAUUUAGUUAUCGUUAAAACGAUUUUAAAUCGAGGCCAAUGGUAGAAUUUCUUCAUGUUAAAGUUGCACAAGUAACAAUGCAUAAAGAAAUUAAUAAUAUUAUCGGAUAGAUACGCUAAAAUGGCAUUAAGAAGUGUUUUAUUUAUUUUGUUCUUAGUGACUAAUAUUUUAUAUUAUUAUAUGGGUUGAGCAAGCCUCAAGUGAACUUCGUGCUGUUAGCAUUGUGUAAGAAUAAAAAAGCGAAAAUAACAAA